CUCUCCCAAAGGGGAGGAGCGUUUCCAGGGGGGCCGGAGCCUUCCUCGACGUCAUUGGCCCGAGGACCUUGGCGCUCGAUUUCGAAAAGAGCCAAUAGGUUGGAGAACUGCAGCAUCAUCUUUCAGGAGUUUGGUCCAAUAUUGACAGCAAAUAGAGACACGUGGAAUUUCCACGGUUUUUCGCUCCCCAUCUGCAUGCUAUGACCUCUGUAACUUCAUAGCUAAUCCCCGCUAAUUUCUUAAACUCUUCGAUCUUAUUGGUCUUUGUCUGGCGGGGCUGAUUCCUUUUUCAGAUCGUCCAUGUGAAUGCCCUAGACAAAAGGGAAGUGUAAAAAGAAAAAAAAAUUGAGUAAAAGUAAGGCGAAUCUAAUGAAAGUCCAUUCAGCUAGUGAGAAGCACUCAUCUCCAUAUUAUAAACAACGUUUACUUCAACGAUAUUACGAAUAUCCAAAAAGUUCUGGAGAACAAGUAGCAGAACCAGAAAUAUCUUCUUUUUUCUAGGAUUUAUGGAGACCCUAACAAUCGUGAUUCCACAUGUGUGAGACCUGGGAUUGUUUAACAAACAAUUUAUAUAGUACUUACUGUGUACCAGGCACUGUACUAAGAGCUUUAGAAAUAUUAACUCACUUAAUCCUCACCACCUGAAUGACCCAGGGGGAAAUAAUGCCACUGUACUGCGUUAAUUAUACAUGCCUAGAAAGUAUGGAAAAUUUGACAGUUGUGAAAUUGGUUUCAAAAAUUAGCAAAUUUUGCCUGCCUCUUAGAUUCAGUUCUGCCAUGUUAAACUUGCCAAGUUCGAUUGUCAUUUCAUUCCUCAAUAUUUGUGUUUUCUGGUUGUAAUAUGAGGGUUUUUUAAGCACUAGCAAUUUAGGGGAAAUUUUUUUGGAUAGUUUCCCCUAAAUUGCCUGUAUUUUCCCCCAGCUAAAUUAGAAGCAAUAGUCUCUGUUUUUGAGCAGUUCGUGUAUCUGUUUUUAUCUCAAUGUCUCAGCAACCCACAUCUGCUCAAAAAGGUACAGUACCUUCUUUUGUUCACAAAAGCUACUAAAUAAUCAUUUGUUGACCACAUGCACAGUCCCUAACUCUGAGGAGUCAAACAAUUUAGUAGAACCCCUGACUUUCAGAAGUUUAACAGUUUAGAAGAAACUCAAGGAUAUGUGAGACGAAGGAUGCUGUCUUGGCCAUCACGUCUAGGUUUUAUUCACAUGAUUCCUGCCUAUGUAGUUUCUUUUACCUUUAAGAUAAGUCUUUCGGGAGGGUUGGGGCGCUUGUGGUUUGUGAGCAUGAGUUUAACUUACUUUUGUAAUAACUAAAGGCUAAAAAAAAUGUAGGUUAAAAGUAGCCAUGAAAACUAGUACAAUAAAGAGCUGAUUGUGACAUAUUUGUGGGACACGGUUUAUAAGUAAGAGGCUGGGGACAGAUGGCAGCAGACUGAGACAUACAAAGGUAAGAAUAACAGAAGUGUCAAGGUACAGAUCUAAGCAAACCAGCAAUCCAAGAUCAGGACAUACUGCUAUGGAACAGAAAGAGCUUAUCAAGAAACACAGCUAGGCUGGUAUAAUAAUGUGUGGGUAGAAAUGAGAAGAAGUAAAUAUAAUUUCUUUAAAUAUUGUUUGCCACUGUAGCACACAGAAUUCUGAUUUUGUAGCACUUUUUCCUUUUGACAUUCCAGCGUGUGUAUAUACUAUGAAUCCUGUCUACAUCCUUGCAGGUUUUGGUUUCCUGAUAUGUUGCUGCACUUUAAAGAAAACUCUUCCUCUUUGGUAACAGCUGGAAACUAAUCGCCAUCUCAUAUGUUCAACCAUUUUAUACUACUACCUCUUUUCCAGGAACAGUCUCUUAAUUCUUCUUGUUGUUUUAUAAUACCUAGUUUCUUAGUAUUAUUAUACUUAGAUUUUUUAAAAUUAGGUAUCUUUAAUGCUCAAGUGUGAUAUUUUAUUUGCCUGUUCACUCAAUAUCUUUCUAUUAAACCUUACUAUCUGCCAAGAAUCUUAACAAACUCUUUGGAAAGUAAAAUAAUCAGUAGAAUGAGUAUUAGACAUGGGGCAGAAAGGCUGGAGCUCCUACACAGUUUACUCCUCCCACCCUUUCUUUGCUAAAAGUUAACGAAACCGUUACAGGAUUAACAAAGUAGCAGAUGAACUGCUCAGGAACAAUCUCAGUGUGUUGGCUCUCGGGAGAGGGGAGGAAACAGCUCGGGAAAAGAGGCUGCUCCUGAACCACGGUGGCGCCCCAACCGAGGCUGGCAAAGGCGCCUUUAAUGACGCUAAUUGCUUCCGUAGUAAGCAGGCGUCGCGGGGCGGGACGCAGGGCGCAUGCGCAGAGGGGCGGGCCCCAAUUUAUUCUCAAAGGCGGCAGGUUGUAGUUUUUGUUUUGGCUGGAGAGGCUUCCUUCGGGUUGUUAUCGGUGAGCGAGACAAAGGAGUGCGAUUCUCGGAGGUGGCCGAAACAAUAGAUUCCCCCGUUUCCAUUAGAGACGUGGAGGUGGAGGACCUUCUCAGCGCCAACUUGCCCAUAUGUGAACGGGAAACUAAAAGGUUUGAGAACUUCGAACUAAGAAGUGGCUUCCUUGACAUCGACAUGGCACGACAGCAAAUGGAACUAGACCUGGAGAUGCUCCCUAGUUCAACUACCACAGACUGCAACAUCCUGAGAAGAUCCAGCAGUGCACCUUUGAUCAGUGGUCUUGGUGUUAAUUCACAGGUGUUCCAAACUGACAUGUUAAGAACUAGAAGAAACAGUACAAGCUUUAUGAGCCGACCCUGUCUGGAAGAAAGCAUGGGUUUGAUAAACAGAGAAACCAUCUAUGAACGAAGCCAAAGCCCCAUCAACAGUAUCAGACCAAGUGUCCUUGGACCAUUAAAAAGAAAAGGUGAAAUGGCACUUGAAGAUCAACCAAAGAGAUUUUCCAAGGCAUGACCGACAUGCUGUCUUUUAACACCACCCAACUGCCAGAUACGAAUGCGUAGGAGAAGAGUUGGCUUUGUCAGAUAUAAAAUCUUCCCAGUCUGCUCAGAGCAUUUCUACCGUAACAGCUCCAUUUGAAACAUCACACCUGUAGAUUAAAAUAGGAGAAUGACACACGCAUUAUCUGACUUUUUUUUCCUAGUGGAGAAAUUAAGAUGGAAAGGUAAGUUUAUUCCUAAGCCUGUAUGUAGUUCCACUUCUCAAGAGCCAAGGAGUUACGGUAUAUGCAUGUGUGUGCGUGUGGCUGCAGGUUCCGACUCAUAGUGACCCUAUGUACAACAGAAUGAAACACUGCCUGGUCCUGCACUAUCUUCACAAUCAUUGCUAUUUUUGAGCAACAGUACAAUAUAAUACAAGAGCACUAUAUAAAAACCAGGAACUUGACAUUGAAACAAUGUAUGUGUAUCGUUCUAUGCCAUUUUAUUACAUGUGCAGAUUCAAGGAACCACCACUGCAAUCAAGAUACAGAACUAUUCCAUCACCACAAAAGAUCUCCCUUAGGCUGCCCCUUUCUAGUCAUACCUGACCCUCCCCCCUUUCCUAACCAAAACCAAACCAAACCCCCUGCUGUUGAGUGGAUUCUGACUCAUGGCAACCCUGUAGGACAGAGGAGAACUGCUGCAUAGGGUUUCCAAGGUUGUGAUCUUUACAGAAGCAGACUGCUAUAUCUUUCUCCCAAGGAGCAGCUUGUAGGUCCGGACAGCUGACCUUUCGUUUAGCAGCCAAGCACCUAACCACUGCGCCACCAGGGCUGUAUUCCCCAUCCCUAACCCUUGCUAACUACUCAUUUGUUCUCCGCCUCUAUAAUUUUGUUCUUUAAAACAUGCAGUUUCCUGAAGAAAACAGAUUGGCACCUGUAGUUUUCACAGAAUUUCAAGCUCGAAGGAGUGGUCCCUCCAGCCCUGUCUUUCGUGCCCCAAUUCCCUCUACAACCCCCAGGGACAGAUGACCCAAUAACAAUGUGGUGAAACCCAUGUGAAAUUGUGCACUGCAGAUUAGUAAAUAAACACAAGUAAGCCCGUGAGCACCUUACUUACUGGUUAAUCCGCCCCUGCAUCCAGCCCCUACCACACACAAGCCAGAACCUUCGCCAGGAUUUUAGGAGUGUUGAGGUAUUUGUUUUAAAUAUUUGGAAUGUGAACAUAGUUUCCUUCCAUAAGCUUAUUCAAUAAUUAGCAAAACUCUUACUUUUCCAUUAUGUGAUCCAAAAUGUCCUCUCACCUACUGUCCUGUCCCAAACUGAAGUAAUCUUUUUUUUUUUCUGUUCCUUUUACCUAGUGAGAGGAAUGAGAUACACGGAGCCUGGAAGGCUCACAGAGAAUUCCAGAAAUCCCUUAACUAUAGAUUAGUCUGACCUGUAGCAUUUGGAGCCUUUCAAAUUGAGAUGAUUCACUGGUGGAAUUUAUGUCCUGGGCUGACUGAAGUCAAGAUAUCUACUAGGGCCUUUCAUGAGAGAACCCGUCCAGCAGGCCAACUCCCCAGGACUCCAUUAUGGGAAAGAGAGGGCACUCUACCACUCAUCUUGGUAACAUCAGAAAAUAAUGAAUCAAAGUUAUGCUAAAACUGAAAGGGGCUAGUAGGUGAAGCUCCUAGACUAGAAGCAUCCAUGGGUAUUCCAUAAAAAAAAAAACCUAGGAUUAAUUUGGAUCCCCGUCCCCUUCCCAGUCUCUUCUGACAUCUUAGUUCCACUCAGCAGGAACCUAACUUGCUCUUUACUUCACAAAGAGUACUCAACCGGACAGUGGCACACACACAAAUCUUGACUCAGACCCACUAAAAAUACUCAAACCAGCUGCCAAGGAGUCAAUUCCGUGGCAACUGGUGGCUAACCUUACAAAGGUAGUCAUUUAGAUACAAAGAGAGCUUAGAAAAAUCUUCUUUGUGAAAGCUUUCGUGGGAAGGUACAAUGAGUACAUUUUUUUGAAAAAAUUCUGCUUUGAAAAUGUUCUUCAGUGUUUAGAGGAACAUUCUUAAAAUAACCUUUAACCUCUUAUCUAUUUUCCCUUAGGUGGUUUUUUUUGUUUGUUUUUUUUCCUUUUGGUCUAUUUGACUCAAUUCUUAGCAUUGUUCAUUAUAAUUUUUUAGCAUGAGGGUGAGGUUGGCCAUAAAAUAUUAUUCAGUCCUUUAGCAGAUGGGAUAAAGUGAUCUAGUUACCCACAUGGCAGAGGAGAUGCACUAAGGACCUGGGUUCAUGCACGAAGAAAAUUGACUUUGUUGAGCCAACACUAGGUCCACUCUUUUCAGUAGUAUGGCUGUUUCACAACAGCAAGUUGUGUCUGGGUCAUGUGGUUGUAAAGUAGAGUUAAUCCUAACCCACGUCAGCAGGCAGGUGUACGUGCCUCUUCCACCUCUUCUUUUGUGUGUGCGUGCGUGUGCGUGUGUGUGCAUGCGUGUGUGGUUGCACGCGCACAUAUGUGUGCGUGCAAACUGCCCUGAGCCAGAUCCCUGGGGUUCUGAGCUGAGAACUUUAUCAGGUUCCAGCCGGAGGCUAAUUAUUCAUCAAAUCAUCUCACUGCAAAACCAAGUAGCCACGUUGAUCUGCUAAUGCAGGUCUCUAGAGUCAUUAGGGCAGAGAACGAGAGGGAAAUGUCUUCAUCUUGGCCCAGGAUUACAGGGGAGAAGUUUCUGAGAUCUAAUGAGUUUCUGCUAA